GGGCCUUGGAGCCCGAGCGGCGACUGCGCAGUCUCGCGGGGGGGUCGGAGGGUGGAAAGGGCGUCGAGGCAUCUGUCCCAGGGCACCUGGGACCUUACCAGGAUAGAGAAUCCGCGCUGCAACCCAAGCGGUGGGGAGCCCGCGACCAUGGCUUCGCAGACUUCAGCCCCUGCUGAGCCUGCACCCAUGCCUUCCUCAGAAGCAGAGACCACUGAGUCAGCAUCUACCUAUGACCAAGCAGACAUGGAGACCAAGCACGCGGGGCCCCCAAGCCCCCCAAAGCGGAAGUCCUGGCUGGCUCGGCAUUUCUCCCUGCUGUUGCGGAGAGACCGACAGGCUCAGAAGGCCGGGCAGCUCUUCUCAGGGCUCCUGGCUCUCAAUGUGGUAUUCCUGGGUGGGGCUUUUAUCUGUAGCAUGAUCUUCAACAAGGUGUCUGUCACUCUGGGGGAUGUGUGGAUCCUGCUGGCCGCACUGAAGGUCCUCUCCCUGUUGUGGCUCCUCUACUACACAGUGGGUACCACACGGAAACCCCACGCAGUCCUGUACCGUGACCCCCACGCAGGACCCAUUUGGGUGAGGGGCUCCUUGGUGCUCUUCGGCAGCUGUACCGUCUGCCUGAAUGUAUUUCGAAUGGGUUACGAUGUGAGCCACAUUCACUGCAAGUCAGAAGUGGAACUCAUCUUUCCAGCCAUUGAGAUUGUCUUUAUGAUUAUCCAGACGUGGGUGCUCAGGAGACACUGUAAGGACUGUGUUCAGGUGCAGACCAACCUCACCAGGUGUGGGCUCAUGCUGACUCUGGCCACAAACCUGCUAAUGUGGGUUUUGGCUGUGACCAAUGACUCCAUGCACCAGGAGAUUGAGGCUGAGCUUGACGCCCUCAUGGAAAAAUUCUCAGGGAACGGGACCAACACUUGUAUGUGCCUCAACGCAACAGUGUGCGAGGUCUUCCGGAAGGGUUAUCUGAUGCUCUACCCCUUCAGCACCGAGUACUGCCUCAUCUGCUGUGCCGUGCUCUUCGUCAUGUGGAAGAACGUGGGCCGCAGCCUGGCAGCCCACUCGGGUGCCCAUCCCAACAGACCACCCUUCCGCCUGCACGGGACCAUCUUUGGGCCACUGCUGGGCCUUUUGGCACUGGUGGCUGGCGUAUGCGUCUUUGUGCUCUUCCAGAUCGAAGCGAGUGGCCCUGACAUAGCCCGCCAGUACUUCACCCUCUAUUAUGCAUUCUACGUGGCUGUGCUGCCCACCAUGAGCCUCGCGUGCCUAGCAGGCACAGCCAUCCAUGGGCUGGAGGAGCGCGAACUGGACACGCUCAAGAACCCCACACGCAGCCUGGAUGUGGUGCUGCUCAUGGGUGCUGCCCUGGGCCAGAUGGGCAUUGCCUACUUCUCCAUCGUGGCGAUCGUGGCCACCCAGCCACAUGAGCUACUCAACCAGCUCAUCCUGGCCUACUCACUGCUGCUUAUCCUGCAGCACAUCACUCAGAAUCUCUUCAUCAUCGAGGGCCUGCACCGCCGCCCGCUCUGGGAGCCUGUGGUCUCCGGUGAGAUGGAGAAGAAGGAUACUGAGCUACCCCGCAGAGGCUCCCUGCGGGAGCUGGGUCAGGACCUACGGAGAGCCUCAAGGGCCUACAUCCACUCCUUCAGCCACCUCAACUGGAAACGCAGGAUGCUCAAGGAGAUCUCUCUCUUCCUCAUCUUCUGCAACAUCACCCUGUGGAUGAUGCCUGCCUUUGGCAUUCACCCAGAGUUUGAAAACGGGCUGGAAAAGGAUUUUUACGGCUACAGGGCCUGGUUCACCAUUGUUAACUUCGGCCUGCCUCUGGGGGUCUUCUACCGCAUGCACUCUGUCGGGGGACUCGUGGAGGUCUACCUGGGGGCCUGAGUACUCAAGGAACCCAGCCACAACUGAACCCCAAAAGUGCAAAGGCAGAAAAAGAAACUUGGGGUAUCUGGACAAGACACAUCAAGAGGUGCAGAAACCUGCCUAGGGGUUCCCAGAAUGAUCUAUCUUCAACCUGACUGCCUGGAACUCAAAACCAAGGGCGGGGCUUGGGGAAUAGAACCAACAGGCCACGUAGUCAAGGAUGUACCUCCCGGGGGGCUGCCAAAGGCUGUGAGGGUCAGUAUGAAAUUGUGGAGUCUGGGGGCUGGAAGAGGCUGAGUCCUUCUGUGGGACAUCCUAGAAGCUCAGAACUCCGACUGGGAGCUCAGAACCCAGCACUCCAAGCUUGGCAGGCAGCCCUGCCCCUCUCCCCACACGCCCGUCUCCUAAUGAGCUCAUUCAUUAGCUGCCAGGCAGGGCCUAACAGCUCUUUCCUGCUUCCAUAAACCCUGUUUGUUUGAUCGAU